AUGCUGAGCACCUUCACUGUGAACUGUGAAAAGGCACUUCUCCACCUCCAGUACAAGGACCUCAAAUUGUUGGUGCAGCAAAACCCACAUGGAGGGCCGCCAAUCCUAAAUGUCAACUUCAAGCCGAAAUGCAUCAAGAAGAAGCUUGGAAUGAAGAAGCUGUCGAUGGCGGAUAUCCAGCGGCUACAUCCCAAGAAUGGUUGCCAGGAGCUGCCAUUGCCAUUGAAACCUGAAGUGCGCGAUUAUUAUCUGUUCUGCAAGGUGGAUGUUGUGGACGGGCAGGUUCACCUUCAGCAACAUACACCAAUGACUGCUGGCGCGCUGGAUUCUCAGCUAAAGACAAUGAGUGAAAUCCAUGGGUGGCUCAAUCUGUUCUACUCCCAUCAGUUCCAGUACAGCAGUGGCAAGAUACUUGAUGAGAGUGGAUUUGUCAGUGAAGCUCAGCAGAAUGUCAUCAUGAACCAUGCAACCAGCAGCACAUUUAUCAAGUACUAUCACACCCAGCACCAUAAUGGCAUGCAAGAAAUUAUAUGUGGCCUGGACCUGGAUGUGGAGUUAGCUAAGACAAUGCGCUGGAUGAGCUGCUCAAUGGACAAACAGCACCCUUGCUAUCUGGGUGAUGUGGAGAGAGAGGCUGUGGAACAGGACUGGGAGCUACAAGCAGCCAUCAGAAGUCAGGAUCACUUCACUGCUUUGAGCAAAGAGAAUCAGAAGUUGCUUCCCAAGUUAAAGUGGUGGCAGCAGAAAGUCAAAAGAGCACAGCAGAGAGCAUGCUACCAAAUAAGACACACCAUGCGCAGGGAGUGGAGUGAAAAGCAGGCAGUGAUUGAUAUUAAGCAGCAGCUGUCUGGAUCAGCAGUUGAUAAGACUGCUCAGCAGGUGCUGCAGAAGAAAUACAACAUGCCCCCAGCACAGAUCUCUCUUCUGGAAAAACUUCUCACCUGGCCCAAAUCAGACUCUCUGGAAGAUGAAUGGCGACAGCACAAUGAAGCCAUGGAGGCUGUGAGACAAUACUGUGACUUUCUCAAGGGAGGUCCUCUGUGAGGGCGGUCGAAGCAAAAAAUGCCGCCUGAUGCCCUCCAUGACAAUGACUGAUUGGAGAAGAAGGUCAAACUGGAAGAGCGCCCAUCCAUCUCUGCAUGGGAGGUGAAGUGCCGGGCCAUCAAGAAGCAUAUCUGGUCCGCGCAGAAGCCUGAAGCAUGCUUCCAGUGUCAAAAAGAGUAUUCCAAGUACAGGGAUGUCUUGAGACACUUUCAGUCUGCGCACCUCAGUGACCAUCAAUGCAACUUCUGUCUCCUCCCACUCCAUGAUGAGAAGGACCUGCGGAAGCAUGCAGCAAGAGUUCAUCAUCUCCACACCUGAACUUCUAUCUAUCAGAUCAUAGAUUACAUUGCUUAAACUGAUGUAUUUGUAUUGAGAUGUAAUAG